AUGUCCAGCAAAGAGCGCACCCAUUUGGCAUUGAGGGCCGCGUUUGGAGCCGCCAAGUUCCCGCAGGACUUGCGCGGCGUUGCAUACGUACUCUCCCCCACCACCUCGCUCGAGAUCCUCUUGGUGGAUCUGCCAGAGUUUAUCCCGUUGGAACAAGCUGUCAUUGCUGCGGAUCAACUUCUUGAACCCACCGAGUCUACGCAGACGCUGGAACUUCCGGCCGAGCUUGAACUCCCCACCGCUCUGAUUUCCAGCUCGGUGACAAAAUCGGUGGAUUAUAUCCGGCAACAGGCCGCAAGAUGGCACUUUGACCAAGAGAAAGACCUCUUUGCCCAGUUCGUCCAAGCGAGAAUACUCAAGACCAAUUACUACACAGGCGACCUACCGGAUCUGGAAACUGUGCAGGAUCUGAUCCUGAACUCCUCGCACGCAUCUGAGCCGCUGGCAGCUUGGUGGAACGGGUUCCUCGUUCCUAUGAGCAAUCUUGGAUCGUUUGGCGAGAUUCCGUCUCUCAUGGAUUUCGUUGACUACUAUUCUGCAGGGGAACAAAUUGAUUUGUUUGUGUCCAAGUUGAGCGGUUCAAACGCCGAUGACGUAGUCAGGGCGUUGUUGAGCUACUUGAAAUACCAGGACGCGGAUUUCUGGGCCUUUAAUGACUACGUCUUGGCCAUGGCAAACACCAUAGUCUCUACCGAGUCAACUCCCGAACUGGUCAAGUCCAAAUUCGACUUGCUCGUGACACUCGUCACCAGUAACGACCUGCUCCACCAGAUGCCCGAUGCCUCUCUCCAGCGACUCGUAAGCAUCCUGUUGGCUACGGUCUACAUGUGUUCGGAGAUCUCUAUCCAAUUGUACGUCAAGAUGAAAGAACUGCUCGUCUAUUUGAAUACAAUUGACCCAAAAAGAUUACAACCAAACACAGAGUACACGUUUGUGCGUCAAUCGUCGCUUGAUCGGAUGGCCGACUCUGUGGUUGCAAGCCCCAGCUCGGUUCAAAAUCUUAUCCAGUUUGUGGAAAUUGGAGAACGUCUUUUCUCAAACAAUCUUUCACUGGGCCAGGUUGCAGGACUGCCUAAUCUCAAUGCGUCAGAGCAAUUGGAGCAGCUAGAACGGUUUGUCCAUACAGAGUCCGCAUACUUGUCGUCAGAGAGAGACUGGGAGCAUCUUCUGAGUUCUGUGUACUGGAUUCUGCGCAACACCUCGGUCUUGAACAAGGUGACUCUCUCGUUUGUAGACGAACUGGUCUUGAACACGCUAUUGAACCAGGGCAAGUUCAGCACUGUUUCCAAGGUGUUUGUCCCCAAAUAUUGCACUCUGAGCACUGAGGAGUUUGACCGUAUUGUAAUGGCUGCUGCUUGGAAAUUUUACAACAGCGCAACCAACUGCGACUCCAAUAUAGGACACCUGAAAAGCGCGCAACAGUGCGCAGCUCUUGCUGCGACCAAGUCUGUUCAAUUAGACGAGCUUAUCCUUGCCAACUCAGAAUUGCUCCAUUGGAAACUGUACUUCAAGCCGGGUGUUCCUGUCACACCUUCUGAUAUUAUCGAGAUUAAGGAUCCCUUCACCAUCAUUUCCAAGGUGCUUGAGCUUAACGAGCAUGCGUAUCUCGAGUCCGACCAGCUAGAGUCUGUAUUGAAACACCUUCUGGUUGGUCUUGAAGUGAACGACGAGCUGGCUCACGUAAAGCUCCAGCUUGUGUGCCUUGACUUUGCAAUUGCCUGCGACUUUGUCUACUCGCUAGAGCUGGCCACGUCGUUAAUCCAGCUUGCGACCUCGAACAAGACUGCGAACCCAGAGCUGUUCCAUAUCAUCCAGGACAAAUGGUUCUCAAUCUUCCAAUUGGUGAAGACAGAUUACCCGCAGCCAGAAGAGCACGAGCAACUGGCGCAGAAACUCGACCUUCUCCAGCGACUGAUGCUGAUUGUGCCUACAGAGUUCAACACCAACGUUCUGGAACAAUGGCAGCUGCUCAACUCUGCUCGGGACUUGGUGGUUGCAGAGAAACCUGCGGCCAGCCAAGAAAAAACAGAGCAGCCAAUUGAUCUCGGUAAAAAUAUCAUUGGGUGGAUCGUGGGAGCUAAAUAA